AAGCCACCAAUGGGAGGCCGUCUCUUAUCCGCGCCUCGCAUAGAUAACACUUGCCUGCCCUGACAACACGCCUCUCAACCACGAGUGGGAUCGAUCCUCCCGCGUACCAAGCCACCGACCAACAUGGCAGCGUCUCUCCAAGCCGCGGCCACGCUGAUGCCGGCCAAGAUCGGCGGCCGGGCCUCCUCCGCGCGACCGUCGUCGCACGUCGCCCGGGCGUUCGGCGUCGACGCUGGCGCCAGGAUCACCUGCUCCCUGCAGUCCGACAUCAGGGAGGUCGCAAGCAAGUGCGCCGACGCCGCCAAGAUGGCCGGCUUCGCCCUCGCCACCUCUGCCCUCCUCGUCUCCGGCGCGAGCGCGGAGGGGGCGCCCAAGAGGCUGACCUUCGACGAGAUCCAGAGCAAGACCUACAUGGAGGUGAAGGGUACCGGCACCGCGAACCAGUGCCCGACCAUCGACGGCGGCGUCGACUCCUUCCCCUUCAAGGCCGGCAAGUACGAGAUGAAGAAGUUCUGCCUGGAGCCCACCUCCUUCACCGUCAAGGCCGAGGGCAUCCAGAAGAACGAGCCGCCGGCCUUCCAGAAGACCAAGCUCAUGACCCGUCUCACCUACACCCUUGACGAGAUGGAAGGCCCGCUCGAGGUCGGCGCCGACGGCACCCUCAAGUUCGAGGAGAAGGACGGCAUCGACUACGCGGCCGUCACCGUGCAGCUCCCCGGAGGCGAGCGCGUGCCCUUCCUCUUCACCGUCAAGCAGCUCGUCGCCACCGGCAAGCCCGAGAGCUUCAGCGGGCCCUUCCUCGUGCCCAGCUACAGGGGUUCGUCUUUCCUCGACCCAAAGGGCCGUGGUGGCUCUACUGGCUACGACAACGCCGUGGCGCUACCCGCCGGAGGCAGAGGAGACGAGGAGGAGUUGGCCAAGGAGAACGUGAAGAACGCGUCCUCCUCCACGGGCAACAUCACGCUCAGCGUCACCAAGAGCAAGCCGGAGACCGGCGAGGUGAUCGGCGUCUUCGAGAGCGUGCAGCCGUCAGACACCGACCUCGGCGCCAAGGCGCCCAAGGAUGUCAAGAUCCAGGGUGUGUGGUACGCGCAGCUCGAGUCUAACUAGAGCAGAGCAGAAGUGAAGAUACUCAUCUUGUGUGCAUGCGUACGUGGGUUGAUCGGUGGAGAGGAAACAAUCGAGGCAACAAUGUGUGUUUGUGUGUGUAUCUAGUAAUCUAAACCCAGGGUGUCGGUUUAUAUUUUAGCUUCUGUUAUUGUUUCUUCCUCGCCUACUCAUGAUAUUGAUCCCCCAUGAAUGUUCACAAAAUUGUCUGUGGACACUUUCUUCGUUUUA